GAGCUUAUACCUUUUUUGGGGGGGGACUUUCGAGCUGAUCUUUGCGCUUCCAUUCCUCGAUUCCGUGCUGUCAGAGACAAGCUUAUUCAUGUUGACCAGGGUCAAUGAAUCAUCAGGAAUUUAGCACUGCCCCUCACAGUUCUUUUCCAACCAAGUUAAUGUCUGUGUCUAUAUCUGUGUCUAUAUCGGUGUCUAUAUCGGUGUAACUGUCUAUGUCCUGCACAAGGCUGCUCUGCGGCGGCUGGAGUGAAAGCCACCCAGCUGGACGACCUUGACUAUACAUGGUGUUAUUAAGUCUUAUUAGACUCACUGGGAUUCGAACGGCGCCAGUCUGCUCUCAAUGAGCAACAAGGAGGGAGCAUCAGGUAAGCUCUCGCUCGAGACGCUAGUGCGUUGAGGGUUGAGGAUCCGGCAGCGGGGGAGUGACAACAAGCCCCCGGGCCAGGGCCGAUAUCUAUGCUGAGCACUGCGUUGCAGCAGGUGUGUUCUUCUCCAACCCGAGGGAACGAGCUCACUACUGGACGGCUUGAUCGGCUUGCGUCGCCGUUAGCCACCGUUUGUCACUGCGGGGGCAGCCUCAGGGGUAAGCUCUCGCUCGAUUCGCUAGUGCGUUGACUCCGUUGAGGAGCCAGCAGCGUAACGAGCUCACUACUGGACGGGCUUGAACGGCUUCCGUCACCGUUAGCCACCGUUAGGCACCGUUGGUCACUUAGGGGGAAGCCUCAGUCAGGUAAGCUCUUGCUCGAUUCGCUAGUGCGUUGAGGAGCCAGCAGUGGAACGAGCUCACGACUGGACGGGCUCGCUAGCCACCGUUAGCCACCGUUGGUCACUGCGGGGGAAGCCUCAGUCAGGUCAGCUCUUGCUCGAUUCUAGCUCUUGCUCGAUUCGCUAGUGCGUUGAGGAGCCGGCAGCGGAACGAGCUGACUACUUACUGGACGGGCUUGAUCGGCUUCCGUCACCGUUAACCACCGUUAACCACCGUUUGUCACUGUGGGGGGUUUUGGCGUAAUGCAAGUGGAGCUUGGCGUGUGGGUGUGGGUGGCCCUUGAUUUGCACAGCUGUCGGUCGUCCGAUCGACCGGUAGGUGGUGAACUCGACCAGUAGGCAGUGAGACUGCUGCUCACUGAGGCUAACUUUCGUUUCCUCUCCCUGCGGUCCUGUGCUUCAUCGUUUGUUUCCCUUUGUCCAUCCUUCUCGGUUCAAUUCCCACGUAUUAACCUUUUUUUUUUUUGUUCCUAUCGAAUUUAUCAGUGACAUCUUCGAAUUUCUUAUCUUUUUUUUUUAAUGCUGAGAGAGAGCUGCACGAUGUCUAGCUCCGAGGAUGGUAAUCUGCCUCCUAGGGCCUCCAGCCAGGAUUGCUUGUUCUCGACGCCGGAUGAGGUCGACACUGAAUUCGACGCCAUACUGCUGCAUGACAUGCUAGUGGCGAGCGUCGCCCGGUCGUGCAGACUCACUAAGCGCCAUGCCCAUGCAGCGGCGGAGCGGCCGGGGUUCGUUCCCAAGACCUCCGUGAUGAAGAUGUUGGUUGCACGCACGCCAUCGCAACGAGAAGCUAUCAUCGCCACAUACCGUACACUGUACGGACGUUACCUUCUGCAAGACAUUCGGGCGAACCUGGGCGGAAUUGUGGGACAGGGGUUGAUCACGCUUCUGCAGCCGCCAGCCUUUCGCGACGCAGGAUGGAUUCGCAAAGCCGUAACGCGAGUCCCGACCAACGAGAACCUGCUGAGGGAGGUGCUCUGUGCGCGCAACAACAAGGAGAUCCGAGACAUCCACGUGGCGUACAAGGAGAUGUUCGCGCGCGAUCUGUAUCGGGAUAUCAAGACGGUAUGUUCGGGGAAGUUUCGCGACUUGCUGCUGAAGAUACUGCGCGCGAGGAGGUCGGAGGCGCCGGCGGAGGAGGUGCGCGCGGAAGAGAUUGCGCGCGAUCUUCGCCUGGCUUCCAUCAACGCGUAUAAUGGCUGCGACACCGAGGAUGAAGAGAGUAACAGGGAUCUUUUCGUUGACGUCUUCACCAAAGAGAGCGUCUCUCAGCUUAGACUAGUUAUGGAAAUUUAUCAGAAGGACUUCUCGGAGCCUGUACAGGACGCCAUCGCCAGAACUCUCACGGGUCAUUUGAUGAAGGCGGUGAAGUUCACGUCUUUGUGGGCUCAAUCCGAGGCCAAGUACUUUGCCCACCUGCUGCAUGAUGCCCUGUUUCCACCUCUCGAUGAGAGGAAGUCGGUCCGUACGCUGCACUCCAUUAGCUCUCGGACCCACAGCGUGUCCAACAUUUUUCAUCGAGCAGUUUGCGGACUGCAGCUCUCCUUGCAUGCGCCUAGUGUGCAGACUGUCCCCGAGGAGACGACGGAAGUUACCGUACCAGGUAACUUACCAUUGUCCCCGGGUUCACACAAGCCGCCGUCUUGCAACAAGACUUUCCUAAUUAGGAUAAUUAUGUCGCGAUGUGACUUGGACAUCGACCACGUGGCCGACGAGUUUGAGCUGGCGUUCGCUGUUCCCUUGAAGACUGCAUUCACGGAACGGACGGAAGGAGAUUUCCGGGACUUGCUCUCCACAGCUUGCGGCUUCUAGGCUGCGACUGCGGUAGGUUGGUUGUUUUAACUUGUUGACCUUCACCUCACCCACUCACUCGUGAACGUCCAAGUUCCAACCAACC